AUGAAAGGCAUACAUAAUCCAUUCCGGAAACGGAAAACAAAUCAAAAUGAAGAUUUAUUUGGCGAUGACUGGGUAACUCCCAACCAAUCUAUGGAAGGCAUACCAGACCAACAGCCGACUUUGGCCGAGAAAGAAUUAGCCGUCGCCUUAAAGAACCAAGCGAAGAAUGCAAAACUCUUUCCUUGGCUGGGUUCGGUUGUGUUCGGCGCUUUAAGUAUUCUAUCAGUCGCGGGCUCGGUCAUCACAUUCGGAUCCCUGGUAUCCCUGGACGAAGUGUGUCCACUCGUUAAUUCGGGUUGCGGCCAAUUCAACCGGUCUGGCCUGGCCUGGUUUCUCUGGUUUCAGACCGUGUUGUGUUGUUCUAUGGCCGUGGGCGACUCUGCGGAUGACCUGAUUGGAAGAAUUAGGUCGCCUGUGAAUCGGAAAGACCACUUUGUGCUCUCAAAACCCGAUCUGGCACAAUCUGCGAUGUAUGGGGAGUAG